UUUAUUACAAAAAAUAAGCUCUGGAGCCCGCACGAGCCUAGAGAAGGGGCGGGUUUUUCCUACACACUUCAACCUGUGAGCCAAUCAAAUUUGCUUAUCUUGCGCAGUCAUUUCUUCUCGUUUUUCAACCUCGCACAUGCGCACUUCAUUCUGAAAAUGGCGGCCGUGCAGGGUGGAAUGGUCGACGAGAAGGAAGAAGUCGACAUAAAAACAGAACCGCAGAGCGACGGGUUCGUGAACACGAAUGCGACCGACGGCCGGCAGCUCUCUCCUUCCCCGGGCUCUAGCAGCUCGGCUGGAAGCAGCAAAACUGCGGCUGGGGCGCCGGAGGACCAGCAGACGCUGCUGGCGGUCCUACAGUUCCUGAGGAAGAACAAACUGACUGAGUCCGUGGAAAUUCUGCGGCGCGAGGCGGGACUGCCCGAGGAUGCGCUGGACUCAAAGGGGGUGGACUGCGGUGCGCCGGGCUCGGGCGGCAGCGCGGGCGGCGUGGACGGCCUGGAUGCGGGCUCCCUGCUCAGCCGGGUGACGGUCUCAUCCUCCGCUGGAACUCCGGCGCCAACCAAAGCAGCAGUCGCAGACGAUCAGCCUGACGUCAGCGUGGUGCUGUCAGCCUAUAGCCAGCAGGGAGACCCAGCUCUCUACAAGGUUUACUACAGCGACCUGAAGAAGUUCAUCGAGUCGGUGUUGGACUGCCACCGGGCAGAGCUGUCGCAGGUCUUCUACCCACUGUUUGUCCACAUGUAUCUGGAGCUGGUGUACAACAAUCAUGAAAGUGAGGCGAAGGCUUUCUUUCAAAAGUUCAGCGGAGAUCAGGAGUGCUACUACGAAGAUGACCUCCGCGUUUUAUCCAGCCUUACCAAGAAAGAGCACAUGAGAGGCAACGAGACGCUGCUGGACUUCCGCACCAGCAAGUUCGUCCUGCGCAUCUCCCGCGACUCCUACCAGCUGCUGAAGAGGCACCUGCAGGAGCGCCAGAACAAUCAGAUCUGGAACAUCAUCCAGGAGCACCUGUAUAUCGACAUCUUCGACGGCAUGCCCCGCAGCAAGAGCCAGAUCGACGCCAUGUCGGGCAGCUUAGCAGGAGAGGCGAAGCGGGAGGCCAACAAGGCCAAGGUUUAUUACGGGCUGCUGAAAGAGCCGGAGAUCGAACUGCCUCUGGAUGAUGAGGACGAGGAGGCGGAGAACGAGGAGGGCAAGCCGAAGAAGAAGAAGCCAAAAAAAGACAGCAUGGGCUCCAAGAGCAAGAAGCAAGACCCCAACGCUCCGUCGCAAAACAGGAUACCUCUUCCAGAGCUGAAGGACUCUGACAAGCUGGACAAGAUCAUGUAUAUGAAGGAAGCCACAAAGAGAAUCCGACUGGGACCAGAAAACCUGCCCUCCAUCUGCUUCUACACCUUCCUCAACGCGUACCAGGGUCUGACUGCGGUGGACUUCACAGACGACUCCAGCCUGAUAGCGGGGGGCUUUGCCGACUCCACGGUGCGAGUGUGGAGCGUGACGCCAAAAAAGCUGCGCAAGGUCAAGUCUGCAGCAGACUUGAAUUUGAUUGACAAAGAAUCAGACGACGUUCUAGAGAGGAUUAUGGAUGAGAAGACGGCCAGCGAGUCAAAGGUUCUGUACGGACACAGCGGCCCGGUGUACGGCAUCAGCUUCAGCCCAGACAGAAACUACCUGCUGUCCAGUUCUGAGGAUGGCACGGUCAGGCUGUGGAGUCUCCUCACCUUCACUUGUCUAGUGGGCUACAAAGGCCACAACUACCCCGUGUGGGACACCCAGUUCUCCCCGUAUGGGUACUACUUUGUCUCCGGGGGUCAUGACCGGGUGGCCCGACUCUGGGCAACGGAUCACUACCAGCCCCUGCGGAUAUUCGCCGGUCACUUGGCUGACGUCACCUGCACCCGCUUCCACCCCAACUCCAACUAUGUGGCCACGGGCUCAUCUGACCGCACCAUCCGGCUCUGGGACGUCCUGACAGGGAACUGCGUCCGGAUCUUCACUGGUCAUAAGGGUCCCAUCCACACUCUGGCUUUCUCUCCUAACGGGAAGUUCUUGGCCUCGGGUGCGACCGACGGCAGAGUUCUUCUGUGGGACAUUGGCCAUGGGUUGAUGGUGUCAGAGCUCAAAGGUCACACAGAUACCAUCUACGCCCUCAGGUUCAGCAGGGAUGGAGAAAUCCUGGCCUCUGGUUCAAUGGACAACACGGUCCGCCUGUGGAACGCAGCGAAGGCGUUUGAUGAUUUAGAGACCGACGACUUCACAGCUGCCACGGGACACAUCCACCUGCAGGACAACUCCCCGGAGCUUCUGUUGGGGACGUACAUGAGCAAAUCCACGCCUGUGAUCCACCUCCACUUCACCCGCAGGAACCUGCUUCUGGCUGCAGGCUCGUAUGCUGCGUGACCAAAACGAGGCAGACCGACCCAGUGGGCUGAAGACUGUUUUUAGAAAUCACUGCCGUGGCUGCAGCCGAGCGGCUGACAGCUCUUCUGUAUCAUAGUAUUUUAUACGGGUGACACUGUAAAUAAAACGUGUUUUCUAGAAUC